AGAUCAGGGCCAGUCGGUGAUUGACUCCAGGCAUCUGUGGACUUACCACCGUUGAAAACAGUUUCCCUUUCUUUUUGGGAUUGCGGAUUGUCCCAGUGUCACAAACGGACGGUGGCGCCUUAAAUCCCGGUGCUGCAUUAUAGGAAAACGGGUGUGUGUGUGUGUGUAGAACCACUUCUAUUGCGCUGCGCCUGCAACGUUACGCUUUGAAAUGUCCCGCAACUGGUGCUGGUGGUGUACCGUCGUGUGUGCCGUGGCGGUCGUCGGCACCGGUGUUCGCUGGGCCAGUGUGAGCGGGGCCGUCAUUUUGCCCAAAAUCCCGGACGUGCUAAACCCGCCCGUACCGGACGGGAUCGAUCUGGUGCAGCAGUCCGCCUUUCUCGAGAGCACCGAGCAGGAUCCGGAAGUGACGCCCGGUCUGUUCCAGGGCGAUAUGGCGAUGGACAACCGCAUGUACCGGUACUGGCGCGUGGGCCUGAACUGGGACGUGUUUCCGGAGCGGGUGUGGCCGAACGGGACGGUACCGUACGCGAUCAGCCCACUGUACGACGUGGACGAUCAGGUCACGAUCCUGCAGGCGAUCCGUACGCUCAACUUCAUGACGUGCGUCAACUUCGUGCCGUGGAACGGGAAGGACAAGGACUUUCUGCUGAUCUGGCCGAUCAAGUAUCCGAAGGGGUGCUGGAGCUACGUCGGCAAGAUUGGCGGUACGCAGAUCGUGUCCCUGCAGCCGCCGGACGAUCGCAGCCCGAACUGUCUCGGCAACGAGGGGCGCGCCAUACACGAGCUGAUGCACGCGCUCGGCAUAUUCCACGAGCAGUCACGUGCCGACCGGGAUCGGUUUGUCAAGAUUAUCUGGGACAACAUCAUACCAGCGUUUAAAUCGAACUUCGAAAAGCAGUCGCUCAAAAACACCACCUACAGCUUCGAGUACGACUACAACAGCAUCAUGCACUACGGCAAGAACUACUUCAGCAUCGGCAAGGGCAAAACGACGAUCGAAACGAAGAUGCCCGGCAUUAAGCUCGGCCAGCGGCAGGCACUCAGCAAGACGGACUGUCUGAAGAUCAACGAUCUCUACAAGUGUUUGGAUAAUCCUAAAAUUAGCAAAAAGUACUACAAUCUGUGCAAAACGCUCGGCAUUUAAUGCCCCUAUUGUGGUGGUAUAUCAAAGCGAACGGAAGGGGAAUGGGAAAACGAAAGGACCACGGUGGUGUGAGUGAUAUGUUUCGUUUCCGGCUUUCUUCCGAACCCAUUAGAAAGUUAAUUUAUUAUUUCCCAAUAUUUAUAUCUGAGGUGGGGCUCUCGCGAUGGAUGGUCGUCACCCACCGAACCCAUAAGCCUUACCCUUUUCGAGUAGAACAUAAAAUAAAGCUUACACAGCCCAAAAAUAGAGGACACACAUCUCGGUUUGUUUAGUGUUCUAAAAUUAAAAUAUCUUUAUUUUUUUGUAUCUUUCUUUUGUCGAUUGGACAUGGUUUUGUUGUUCCCGGGGUGGCGGGGUAUCCCUCCGGCUCUCUAUCUCUCUCUCUAAGUAGUAGAUCAAAUGAUGCGGGUUCAUACAAAUCAAAAAGAAAUGUUCGCGUUUCCCUCCCUUUUCUUCUCGCUGCUGCUGCUCCGGGAGGUGGUGGACACAAUGGUAAAAGAAAAGUUUACCAACAUGGUGGUAAAAACCCUUCCUUCUCCAUUUUAGGCUACACUUGGGGCGGCCGUCGGAGGAGGGGAGCUAUUACUUUGGAGAGAAUCAACGCUCAUAAUCCUCCCUUUGUUCCUUCAGCCCUUCCCUAAUACAGCCUCCUUUCCUACCAAAGCCAACGCGAAACGAGAGUUCCAGGGUAAACGUGGACUUUGCAAAAGCAGCCGUGCGCGCGUUCAGAUGUUCUUGAUGGAGCUGGUAUAAUUCUUACCGCAACACUCCGAUGAUGUGUCCCACCCCGCGCCAGCGGGUAGUGCGCUUUUUAAAGACGACGUUGUGUUCUUGCCCCCGCGUAAGGGACAAACACACACUUAAUUUAAAAAAGCCAAUGGGUGGGGGCGCUUUCGGUGGGACACAUCCACGGUCGGUUGCAAGCGCGCGCGGCAUCAUCAUCAUUGCGCGGAAUUUGUAUGUGCUGCGCGCGUGUUGUAAUGAUUUUCUGUUGUUAUACAGGUGUGUGGUGUGUAGUGGGGAAAACGCACACACGCUUUAGUCAUUUAUCACAGAGUAAUAUAAGAAAAAAAAAAGAA